CUUUCUCUUCCUCCAAAUUGUUUAUUGCAAUUUGAUUCUGUUAUAUAUGUUGGUUUGGUUUUUAUAGGGUUGCUUUUUUCUGGGAUUUGUUGAGGAUUUCAAUGAUUUAAAACUAUAGUACAUCUUCUUGUUCAAAAUUUUUAUCUGUUGGUUUGUUUUGGUGCUUUGACAUGCGUGAAAUAUGCGUCUUAUGGAACGUCGAGGAAUGCCCAAACUGGGACAAAAGAUUUCAGGGUGCGGUUAAUGCCUUCUUGGCUUAUACUGAUACCCAACCUUCGCCUGAGUUGAUGGAUGGGAUGCCGACCUUCCUAACCAAAGGAGAUAAAGAUACAAUAGCUAAUACUAUUGUACAUCACAUUCUUAUAUGGGCACGGAAGAAUCCAGAACCAUCAGUAUCAACUUUGAUGUUAAUCUCUGAUAAUCUCUCAGAGGAAACCCUCACUGCUUGUCUCGCUUUGAAAGUGAGAGGUUACAGUUUUCUCUUAUUAAAUUCUGAUGAAUCGGUUGAAGAUGCUAGCCUGGAAUAUCUUAGCACAAGGCUAAUGGAGAUUCAGAAAAACUCUCUUACUUGAAGGGGAAGAAACUAUAAAUUAUUGAUGCAAUGCGGGGCUUAUAAUAAUCUUUGUUUUUAAGUCCUUUAUUCUCUGUCAAGAGGCUUUGAUUUCUGUUUUGUUCUUGUAUCUGUGGGAGAGAGAGACACGUCUCUUAGUUCUUGUUUCUUAAUUAUUCUAUUUAACCAGUGUUGUUUAUUUA